CCGGAUAAUCUUCAACUACCGCCAUUCAACAUGGCCACCAUGGAGGUAAACGCUGACUGCGUCGGUAUCGGUGCGUUCUGCAGCCAGCACAAGGAUGGCUUCAGUGGCGUGAUCAAGUCGGCACCAGAAGACUUUCAAGUCCAGGAAGUGAGUGAGGACGGCGACAUCGCGCAGUUGGAUAAAGCCGAGAAGACUGGCGCGAUGUUAAUUGCUCCGUCAACCCAAGAAAAAGUGAAACGUGAGAAUUUGGACAUUUGCGAACCAAACGAAGGAUGGAACGCCUUCCUGGAGGUGUCUCUCGGGACUGAAGUUGUGCAGCGAAUCGCUGGUAUCGUGCUGGAGUCCAUCGAAGUCGUCGACGUGCCGGCGCCAGCCCACCUCAACGACAAAGUUCGCUUGCUCCACGCCAUCCAGCACUGUUAUCCCGGUGUGCAGAGCAACAACGGCAAGGACGACGACACCGGUCAUACCAUCCUCAAGCUGUCUCUCGAUCCAGUGUACCAAAAACUGCGCCACGGGGGCGUGGAUGAGGACGAUUCAAAUGUUAUUCUCGCGUUCCUCCUCCGGGGGCCACUGGAUACAGGCGCAGAUGCUGGUGUCGCGCUCAAAGGGAAUCGAACAAAAGACCAGCGCACAUUGAUCCAUCGUGUUGUGGCAUCGGCCACCAACUGUUUGGUCACGAAAUCGUCCGACCACGGCGGUGUCCACGUCUACUUUUCGCCAAAGACCCUCCGGCGAAAGCGCAAGCAUGACACGUAUCUCCAGUUUGUCCUAAAAAAGACGAACGUGGACCAUUUCACGGCGCUGGAUAUCCUCGCCCGCACGUGCCACGCGGCCGUGUCCGACUUCAGCGUCGCUGGCACCAAGGACAAGCGCGCUGUGACGUUUCAGCAAGUCGUAGUCAAGAAUGUGUCCCAUGACACUCUCUGGAAGGCCCAGGACACUCUAGCUGCCGAAGGAUUGCAUGUGGGCGGGCUGCGGUAUGUGGAGAGGCCACUGUCGCUCGGUCAGUCGUCGGGCAAUCGGUUCACCAUUCGCAUCCGAGACGUCCAUGCAGCGCCCCAAGUUGUCCAAGCGGCCAUGGCAAGCGUGACGGACGGCGGUGUCAUCAACUACUUUGGCUAUCAACGGGUUGGUGAUCCGACCACCGUCCCGACGCGGGCACACCACAUCGGGCACGCCAUGCUGCGGCAUGAUUGGGAACGUGCAUUCCGCCUGCUCUUUUCACAGACCCAAGCGCAUGAUUUGAAUCUGGCCACCAAGCAAGCGUUCCUGGAAUCGGGCAACCUUUCGCAAGCCAUCAAGGACUUGCCCCACAAGUGUGUAUCCGAGCGCGCGGCGUUGAUGGGACUCAAGCGCCAUGGCGCCACCGAGUACAAGAAAGCCAUGCUGCAGAUCCCAUACCACCGCCGAGUCAUGUACCUCCAUGCGUACCAAAGCGUGUUGUUCAAUCGCAUGGCCACCUACCGACUUAACACGCAUGGCCGAAACGUGGUCAAGGGAGACUUGGUGCUUGAUACAGCGACGAAAUCCAUUCGCGUCGUGGAGGAAUACCCCGAACGAGAACAUCUCGAUGACGUUGUGCUGCCGCUCGUGGGCACCAAAGUUGUGUACCCCAACAACGACGUCGGCGACAAGUACAUGGAGGUAAGUGCAAGCACCGGAGGUCUUCGUGACUGUCUGUAUUCGUGUAGCUCCUGCGUGCCGAAGGGGUCGACCCCGCGACGUGGACCCAAGAGGCAACAGUUCGAGGCGCUUAUCGGUCGUUGAUCUGUCGCCCUUCGCACGUCGAAUGGGACAUGGGUGGGUUCUCCAUCCCGUCGAUCUAUGUCGAGGGUCGAAGGAUGCAUGGUGUGAUUUUGACAUGUUGUAGUGGUCGACGCAGGCGUGGUGACGGUGUCCAUGCAUCUUCCACCUGGGUCCUUUGCCACGAUAUUCCUUCGAGAACUGAUGAAAGAGCACCCUGCCGUGGCUACUGGCACUUUGGAUGCUCAUGGCACGCCGUCCGACGACGUUGAUGGAAACCCCGAGUAGAUAGGCUACCACGACAGGCCUAUGCUAAGAAUAGACUCGUUUGUCCUGC